AUGGCUGAACAGAAAGAAUUUAAUGAUGUAAAAAGUAAUAAAAAUUCAAUUGAGGAUGAAAAGUUUGAGUAUAAGUCACCAAGAUUGUUUCGCAAUAGUUUUGUACAUAAAACGUUGAAUUUGUUCUAUCCUGGAUAUGGAGGAAGGGGAAUUGCUAAUAGGAAUCUAAAAGAGAAAGCCAUCCAAAGAUUCAACAUAAAUCCAACAUUCACCAGCAUUGCCCUAAACGAAAAUGACAUUAAAGUCAGCUAUCCAACUGUCGAUGUCUGCCCUGUAUAUGCCAUUGAUGCAGCAAAGAUUUCUGAUAUCAUAAAAAAUCUUAAUACUACAGCAUCAGAUAAGGAAAAUGACAUAAUUAAGCUAAUUCCAAAUUUUAUGGCACAAACAUCCGAUAAAAUUCAAUAUUUUGACACAAAAAUGUUGAAGAUAAUUGGAGAAAAUUUAAAAUCAGAUGAUCUUCGCAUAAUGACUUUUAAAUUGGCCAUUGGAUGUGGAGAUCUGAUUAAGAAUUGUGAAUUUAAGGGACAUCCAAUUGACUGUUGUGUGAAUUUCUUGCCAAGAAUGUCGGAACAUGGAUUUUGUUAUUCAUUUAAUAGCAGAAGCUAUGGUGGAGAGCUUAAUGACUUCAAAAAUCCUCAAAUGAUGCAAAUGAUUGAAUUUGAAGAUCACACCUUAAAAUUCGAACUCUUAACGCAGUCAAAACUUUUCAUGCAUUCCCGCGAUGAGAUUCUAAGCAACCACCAUAAAGAAAUUGAGACAUUAAAGCCUAAUGUUCGUACAAACAUUUUAUUCUCAAUUAGACAAACCCACACGAGUGAUGAUCUGCGUCAAUUUCAUGCCAAUUUUCGUAAAUGUUUCUUUAAAAACGAAAGGAAAUCCAAAUUUUAUGCAAAUGAGGACUACACAUAUUCAGGAUGCAGGAGAGAUUUAGUCAUUGAGAAGUAUCAGAAAGCAUGUGGGUGUAUCAUUCCAUAUUUUCGACCUAAUGAUUUAGCAAUCCAAACAUACUGCGGACUUGAUGAUUUAAAAUGCAUGUGUGAAACUUUUGAUACUUUAAGCAGGAACGAUAAGUUCUCAAAAUGCUACUUGCCAUGUGACAACACUGUCUACUCAACCGAAAAGAUUUUUAUUGAAAGAGAUCAAAAUAAGUCAACUCAUGUCACCUUAGACCUUCAUCAAUGGCCAAUAAUCUCAUUUCAUCAUACGAAUGCAACUGCGGUAGGUAAAAACAUUAAAAAUUCUUCAAAUGAUCUUUUAGUCUUAAUGAUAAUAUUCACGACUGUUUAG